AUGGUUCAGUCAUACAAAACCCCUCAAUAUCAGCUCAAGGCGGGCGCCAUCGCAGGAAUCAUCGUCGCCGCUGUCUGCGCUGCUUUCCUGUACUUCUUCGCCGCCUUCUGUCUGCGGAGGCAUCGGCGCGCGGUGAGGGCUGCAACACGGAGUUCACCCAGCGUGGGCAGCAUCGAGCGCGGUCUACCUGCGACUACGCAGGUGGAUGGCCGGGAGGUGUCCUUGCCCAGCUAUCUCCGCGCGCUCGACGGCCGGGUACCUCGAAGCCUUCUGGGAUCGCAGUCUACUCUCGCAACAGCUCGCAUCCCAACCCCACCGCCAGCGUACGACGCAGCGCUAAAAGCAGCAAAAGCUUCCCUUCCUGAUGUCCUGACCGCCCCGCCUUCCCCGCCGUCGUCUGUUCUGCCGUCCUACUUCGACGCAGAAUCCCCGGCGCCGCGAGAACCGCCGAGUCCGCCUGCGCCUGCUGCGUCCUUGCGUUCUUGA